CUUGUUUGCGAACCAUGUUUUUCUGAAGUACCUUAUAGUCACAUUCUGAUGCUUCAGUUCGUCACAUAGUUUAAUUGUAAAUGAUGUUUUAAGUGACUGAGAAGUCGUUGAUUGGCAGCAGAUUUUGUGGGAUAUUAUUUGAUCAGAAGCAAUAUUCUAAGCGAAAAUGUACAAGAUGCAAAUGCCAGAAAUUUCCUUUUCGUUUUUGUCCACACAAACCUGUACAAACUGUCAGCUUCCAGUUACCUGCGCACCAGUUUACGUAAUCAACGACUUAAGCAUCAUUUGUGGACGUUGCAAGAAAUAUGCUAAAGAUCAUUACAGAAAUUACGCUUAUGAAGCCCUAGCGUCAACUUUCAUAUACCCUUGCAAAAACUGGCGCAAUCAUUGUCCAGUCAAACUACGCUGGAACGAUAGUCUGGAUCACGAGCAGGAAUGCAAUUACGUUGGCUGUUGUUCGUUUUGUUGCAGCCAUCCGGGAGCUUUUUUCAAAGGAAAAAGGCACAUUCCACAAGACGAAUCUAAACUCACAAUAGUGCCAGACAAUCUUCUAGAAGACUUGGAAUGUGUAAAUUGUAGAGGUUACCUCAAUAAUGUCCCAGUUCACAUACAAACCAAUGGCCAAAACGUAUGCCACCGAUGUAUAUACGCAAACGGUGCCCCACCUAAUACCCGAAGAAAUUAUUCCUACGAGAAUUUCAGUCAAAUAUUUUUAUUCCCUUGCACAAACAAAGAACGAGGUUGCAGGGAACGUUUCCAAUUUGGCAGGCAAAUUUGGAAACACGAAGCCAAAUGCGAAUAUGCACGCGUAUCCAGAACCAGCUCCUAUCGUCUAGAACCACGUUCUCCAAUUGCCAACCAACCACGACUCAAUGACCAAUAUGCUUACCAAAAUGAAGCAAUGGAUAUAAACGAAGAACCAAUUACUAGACCAAAAGAACGUGGAGUUAUUAAAACUCAUUCGGGCCAUUAUUACGGCACCAUCACACCAGCUAAGGCACUGUUUGCACCACCCGAAAAUAACACUGAAGAGGACAACACAAAAAAAAAAUUACUAAAAUCGCUAGCCAAAAAACAAGGCAGGAACAUAUUAAAAAAUGAAAUCGAAAUGGGCCGAAGAUACUCUGAAUCCGAAUCACUAUCCACCAAUGAAUCUUAUAGUAUCAAAACCAGCGGAAACAGCACACCAGAUAUUCUAGAAUCAUCCAAAAAGCCUUACUACAUUCCAGCAGCUGAUUAUAACAAUGACACAUUGAGUAGACCAGAUUCUCGAGAAUCCGGUUACCAAUCGCACCAAAAAUACUUGGAAGAAUUCGGGUUCGAUCAGAAUUCCAAAGCGAGAGAAUCAAUCCAGGCUCAAAGUCAAUUUCCGGUUUUGUAUCCGCAUCAGUUGAGCGACGGAUUCGAUUCGAUCAAACGGAUUUCACGAAGGGAGAGCGGAAGAAAUUUGCUGAUAAACGAGCUGAAGUUGAAGCAGGAUUUCAUCAAGAGGACGCAUUCGAUUAAGAAUAAUGAAGCCGGAAGUCUUUAUAAACAAUGUAACACUUUGGAGGAUAUUAGGGAGGUCAAUAACAGACUAAGAUAAAGGGAUAUUUUGAUAAUAUUAUUUAUGGACAUUACAAUAUAUUGAGUUUACUUAAGGACUCACUAGAAAUAAAAAUUUCAAACUUUGCACUAUUGUAUUUGAUUGUUGAUUUUAUUUGCUUUGACUUUAUUUCUAUAAGAAAAGUAUAUAGUUUUAUUUCAUUUUUUAAUACUCCUGUUUGUGUAAUUAUUUUAGUACAAAGCUUGAACCUAUAUUGUGCAAUAAUGAAAGUUACAGAUAAAUAUUUUGUUACAAAAUGAUUUACCUAACUGACUUUUCUUUUGAUAACAUUUCAUAUGAUUUUCAAUCUUGUGCUAAGAAACUGUGAAAAAUUCAUACGAAAUUCUCAUAAUAAUGCAUGCAGCAUCAUUCAUAUUUUCCUACAGCAGCAUAAACUUGAAUGCCCCUAUCUUUGCACCAUCUAAAAUAUAUUUAUCUUUUUCCAAGGCACUAUAAACUUGUAGCUUU